AUGAGUGGUACCGGUGACUCGAAUAUAAAAUUAAAUAUUGAUCAUGCUGGAAAUAUAUCAUAUAUUCGACUUGAUAGACAUUCAACUACAAGUACAUGUUCGCCGACUGUUCUAAGUAGUUGCAGUAGUGAUGAAGAAUAUGAUGAUAGUUGUCCUAAACCAAUACUACGAUGGAAAAGGCAAAAAAUUUUGAAUACCGUUAAUAACAAUUCUGAACGUCCUUCCAGUCGUGCCGAUACUAAUAGUAAUUUGCAAUGUGAUCAAAAUUCUGUUAUAUCAGCAAAAGAAAAUGUUGCAAUAUCAGUCGAAGAUGAACGACGAGCAAAUCCACCAAGACGUUUACAACCUAUUCCUGAGGAUAAACUUCAUCGUAGAAAUCCACAUACAGUUCGACAAGAAAUUAAUAUGUUCAAUGAUUUUAUACCGGACACAACACUUGCUGAUGUACAUCUUAAUGAAAUGCCUGGUCUUCACAAUACAGAACAUUGGAAGCGUAUCGCUGGUCGAACAGCUCAUGCAUCACCACCAUUAUCCCGUCAAUAUUAUUCAACAGUAAUAUCAACAAUCGGAUUACAAGAUGGACAAGUACCGCAACCAUUAGGGUCCUAUCGGCGACCAGGCCGUAGCGAAAACGAAAGCGAAAUACCAUGUAUUGUGCCAUCAUCAUGGCGAAGUCCACGUCGUCCUAUCAUUUUCGGCUCAUCGGCUGCUGUUGUUCUUAUUGCUGCUGCUAUUGCUGUUAUUCUUGCUGUAGCACUGAUUAAACAAUCGGAACUGACUACUUCAGAUUAUUAUGCAGGAAGUGUUUAUGUUCGUGCAGACUUUAAUGCAUCACUUCUAGAUCCAACAUCAACAUACGCGAGAGAAUAUAAAAAAGAAUUUUGUCAAUUAGUUAGGACAACACUCGUUGAUAGGAACACGAAAUAUGCUAAAUUUUAUUCAACUUGCAGUGUAAUUGCUUUUUCUAAUGGAAGUAUUAUUGCAGAUUUUGUUCUUGGUUUUACCAGUCCUCAAAAUGUAACACGUCUUAAUUCGUUUCUUAAUCGUACAUUAGUUAAUGAUGCAUUAUUUGGUGGAACAAUUUUAUCCAUAGAUCUUGAUCCAACUGCAUUCGAUACGAAUAAUAAUAACAAUAUUAUUAAUCAUAGAAAUAAUAACACAAAUAAUAAUAAUAAUAAUAAUAAUAAUAACACAAAUCAUCAUAAUAAUAAUAAUAAUAAUAAUAAUAAUAAUAAUAACAACAACAACACAAAUAAUAAUAAUAAUAAUAAUAGAACUUCUAUAAAUGGUAAAGAUGAUAAGAUCGGUAUUUCUUCGAAUGAAAGUAUUGAAAGUAAUGAAGUUAAAUCAAUUCAAUCGAGAAAAUUUAUAAUGGACGAACAAAAUUCACCAGAUGGACAAGAACAACCACCAAAACAAACAUCAUAUACGACUGUUACAUAUAAAACACUUGAGAAAGGUUUGUCUAUCACUAUAUCUGAAACAAUCACAAUUACUAAUAAUAGCAAUUUUGAAAAUUUUCCUAUUAAUAAUAAAAAUUAUGAAUUAAUUUUGGUGCCAACAACUGAUAAUACAAAAACCAUUGUUGUUCCUAGUGGAGGUUCUAAUGAGAAACCUAAUUUACCACCGCUACCACUAGCCACAAUAACCACAGCAACAACAAAUGUAGUAGGAAAAUCUUCAUCAAGUCCUUAUCUAGUUCGAACUCAAAAGCCAAUUCCCGAUACAAAUUUUGCGUAUAUAGAUGAAUCAAGUGAUGAUCAUUCAGUACACUCAAGAAAUGUGACAUCAACAUUAGAGGAUUUAACAUCUCAAGAUUCAACAACAUCAGCCUCAAUAUCUUCAUUAAAUGAUGAAACAUUAACAAAUUCAGUAUCGAGUAUCGCUAAUGAACUUUCUCUACCAACAAACCCCACUAGACUACCACCUAAUCCACCUCGUCUACCAAAACCUAAAGAAAAAUCUUGGGACGACAAACCGACGUUUACUGCACGUUCUAAUACAAAUGUUGUCAAACGACAACGACGUUUAGUUUUACCAAAGAAACAACGUCGUUUAUUACAAUAUGAAUUGAUGCCAACAGGAAAAGUUUAUUAUGUCGAUCGACCAUUUUAUAGUGAAAUAAAAAAAUCUAUCGAUGACCAUGACAGUAAUGUAAGUGCUGUACAUAGUACAAUAUUAUCACGUUCAAGCUCAGUUGAUACAUUAAGCGAUAAACGUUAUCGUCAACGUCGUCAUCAUUCUCAUCAACAGCAGCAGCAGCAGCAACAGCAGCAGCAGCAGCAACAACAACAACAACAACAACAACAACAGCAAAAUCGUAAAUAUCCUCCUAAUCUAUCAUCGCAAAAACCUGAACAAAAAGUGGCUAUGGGUGGAAGAUUAGCAUCAAAUAAUAAUCUAACAACGACAAUAAUAUCAUCGCCAUUUAAACCAAUAAAUACGAAUAGAAAACAACGUUUUUCUGCAUUUGAACCAACACCUGAAUCACUCGAUCGUGUAUUCGAUGUUAUAAUUGCAGCCGAUAAACAACGCGAAAAACAUGAAUUUUGGAAAGAAAAAUUUGAUCAUCGUACAAUAAAUUCCCGUCCUCCGAUACCACCUAUUCGAACACAUGAUACAGCUAAUUCAAAUACUAUACCUUCACUUCGUCCAAAACCAACACAUUUAAUUGUAAACUCGAUUUCGAAUCCUGCCGAUAAUCGUUCGCAAUCGUACAUAAAUAAACGUGAUUCAUCGCAUGAUCCACAUAAUCGACAUAAUAAUUGUCUAUUAGAAGAUUGUUUUCGACGACGAGCUUCAAUUAUUCAACAACAACAACACCAACAAAAAUUUCAAGAGUUACAAGCACAACGAAAUUAUUCGCCAAAUACAAUUUAUUCGACAAACUAUCCUAAACAACAGAUGCCUCCAACCGGUAAACCCCCACUUCCUGCAACGGCAACAACAACAACAACUACUACGGCUGCAAAUCAACCACCCGCACGGAUUUUUCCAUUACUCAAUGGUCGCAUAGGUCGUGCUCCACAAGCUCGACAAACAUCGGAUGAACUUUCGUCUGCAUCAGAAAUAUGGGCAGCACGUUCAUCUGCAGAAGAAGAAUCUCGUCCAUCUAAAAAAACAACCACUCAGACUCGUUUUCAAUCAGCUGUAAAUCGGCAUCGAGCAAAUGAUCAAAAAGUCACUAAUAAAAAACGAGCAUCGAGUGUUGAACAACAAAAAUCGAACCCAGCACAAACUAAAAAUAUAACAACAACAACAACAACAAGAAGCAAAUUUUUUGAUUUAUUUAAAUUUUCGCGUUAG